GCCAGCCCGGAUCUGCAGCGCUUCGUUUUAUUCCACGCUCCGUCGUUGAUUUUUGCCUUCGUCUUACGGGCCGUUCCCCCUCCCCGUCACAUGCAUGGGUAGGACCUAACGCCCGGCAAUAGGGCACGAGGGGACAGCAACGAGGAAGAGCUGGGCUCACUUCCCUAUAGAAACACGGCAGAAAUGGGCCGGGAAUUCCCCCUGCAGCAGCUUGUGUGAGCAGAAAGCAUUGAGAACGCGCCGUGGCUUCCUGUGUUGUGCAAGCUGCGCCGUGCAUCGCUGCUUCUUGCAGCAUCCCUCGUGGGAUAAUGCGUCCCCGUGCUCUGCUGACUCGUUUCCUUAUCGUUAAACAGGGCCCGAUGGGCGAAGCUCUUUCCUCGGCCUCUGCUGCCACCGCGUGGCCACGGCGCGGAACUGCAGCGGGGGCGGAGGCGCUCAACGGAGCUCCGGACCCACCCGAGUCCCCGCGCUGUCCCGCAGAGCACCACAGAGCGCGGCCGGAGCUGCGCAGAGCGCCGCUCUGCUGCCUCCGCUCUGGGCCGCCCGUCUCUAUGGUGAUAGGUCCUCCCGAGCGUAUCGAGCGGAAGUGGAGUUGCUCCGCUUUAGCCGCUCUGCGCCGCCAGUCCGCCAACUCUAUGGCGUUUGGUCCUCCAGGCGGCACGACGCAUGCGCGCCGAGAAGCGGAAGUGGCGGGUUUGAAUUGUAACGGCUCUCCGCGGCGGGUCCGCCGCUCCUCAGUGCUAUUGGUCGUCCGGGCGGUCGUUAAUGAUGGCUUAACGAUCUCAAACACUUCUUCAGGCUUCCUGGACAGCCAGUGUCUUUGGGAAGGAUGUCCUGGAAAUGAUGACCAAAACUGGGAGCAUCUUCCACACAGCAGCAUGAUGGAGAUGGCUGUAGGGCUGGCUGCAGUCGCCUGGGCUCAGCGAUGGAGCGUUGGAUGGGACGGAUAGAGCCAUGGUUUUGAAUUCAAGUAUUUUCAAGACACAGUUGAUCUGGAAGCCACGCGGGGGAAGAGGAAGAAGUCUCUGCAAAUGCAUUUUUUUGAUCUGCCUUAACACUACCAGUAUAGAGAAUUAAAUGGAAUUCAAUUCUGUGAUGAAGGAAUUAAUGGCAAUAUGGAGAAUCAGGUUCAGGUAGGAGACUUGAAUCCAAAGAAGGGAAUAAAGCCUUGAAAUUCAAAUGAAAAAAUUAUUAUAUAAGCAUAAAGGGAAGUUAUUUUACACCUGUAAGACUAAAUGUAUAAAUAUGAAGCAACCGCUCCCUCUGGGAAGAGAGGAUUGUGCUUUAAUUCACCCAGACAAAUAUGCAGUUUGGUUCCAUCUGAUUCCUUACACUUCAGGAAAGACCAAACCACCCCUUUGUGUUGUGUCUCUGCCAUGCACACCGCUCCUUCCAGGGCUUCUUGGUGGCGCCAGGCGAUGGGGUGGGAUGCGCUGAUUUUGGGGGCACGGUUUAAUGGGCGAUAUUGGUGUUGGAUGGAUGAUCUUAGAGGUCUUUUCCAACCCUAACGGUUGGGUGUGUUUCCCUGUCUCUUGGCUGAGGUUUCAUAAAGCCUGAGGUUAAAGGAGGAGAGUUCUAGCUCCAGUGGGGCUUCAGCCUUGCAUUCAACCACCUGUGGGUGCAAUGGGUCGUUGUAUGCCCAGCAGUGCAAGCAGGAAAGAGUGAUAUCUUUAUGGGGGUGAGCACUGGAGUGGGAUUAAUGUGGGAACAGGUGAGUUGCUUUUCCACAUAAUAAGGGAUUUGAGUGCACAUCCAGUGCAGAGGCGUCUUGACAUAUUUGAUGGCAGGUGCUCUCUUUCCCUUAAAAUAAAGAACGUUCUGAAUGGGGACGGUUCAGUUUAAGAAGAAAACCCCUCUUGCUUUUAGCAUCGUUGUGUUCCAUCACCUCCCCCCACGCAGUGCUGCUCUCAAUGCAAGUCAUAUGUCUGGGAGAAAGCCUCCUCCCUGCUCCAAAACCCACGUGAAAUGGGACAUGGGGGCAGGAGCACAGGACUCCCGUUGUAUGCAGAGUAAACCCAAUUAGUCCGUGCACCCCGACAGAAAUAGAAGUGAGCCUUUCAGCAAGGAGGAGUUAAUCUGCUUUAGAAAAACUAAGCAGAAUAAAAGUUGGUGUGGGGCUGUAGGACAUCUCAAAAGCCACUUAGAGGUUCAAAGAAUGAACAAGGGCAUUGCCAGCCUUAUUAUUUUGAUUUGUUUAAUGAAAAUACUUUGCUCAUUCCAUAGAUGUUAUGCUUUGAUAAGGUAAUUGUUCAAGGGCGCAGCUUACAUCCUAUUAAUACUGCACUGUGGGCAAAUUAAGCCUGACCCAGCGGAGAGGCAGAGCCCGGUGCUGUUGUGACACUUUGCCUUUUGUUUGGUGUCCGGAUGGGGAGAGGAGUUUUGUUCUCAGGUUUGUGCCAUGGGAGACAGGUCAGAAUUCUGGUUACGUGCACCAAUUGGCAGCACGGCCAACUGGGCUCUCCGCAGAACUGCAGGAGGGUCUGCAUGGGCAUUCUGCAAUGAGAAAUGAUGCAGGUUCUCCUUGAGAAGCAGGGUGGAAGGGGCAAGUGUUUUCACCCAACCUCAGGGCUCCGUGGUCAGAUUGCAUGGAAUGUUCCUCCUCUACAGCACUGAAGUUGGGAGCAUCCCUUGCAAAUAAUCCCUAAGGAAGAGGAAUGCAGAGGAUGGAGAGCUGGCAAGCAAAGGGUUGAGGUCUGGAGCAGAGCACUCAGCCCUUAGCUUUCUUUUCCUGACCUCUUUGCCUUUUCUAACCCACCUGCAGCAAACAGCGCACUGAAUUCAGUUUGCAUCCCCAUCUGUUGGCCAAAGGUCUUUGAUAACCAUUGGUUUUUGGGGUCUACCCAAGAGAUGGGUGCCGUGCUUCACCCUGGGAGCCAUAAGGUGCAUCUCCUCCAUCUGCCAAAGAACGCAAACAACACACAAAUUCUUUGCAGCCUUGAGCAUUCGUGUGCAUUAACUUUGCUUCCCUGAGAAGGAGCUCUCAAACACCGUUCUGCUUUUCCAGCACGGAGCUUUCCUACGCUUGCCUUGAGCUCUGCAAAUAUUCCUCCUCUCCUUUCUGGCUUCUCUGACAAAACAAACACUUCAGCCUCAAUGUGUUCCUCUGCUUUUCUCCAUCCCUCAAUGGUCAUUUUGAAAAAUGCGGAAGUCCCUCUGAAAUAUUUUUUUUUAAAUCCCUGGUUUUCAAGGUGGAUUUAUCGCCCUUUAAAGAGAGAUUUAUUGGAUAAUCGCUUAAAAAAAUAAUGCUUAUUACUCCGAGAUCUCAAAUGGAAAACCUUCCCACAUUAGUAAUCUUCUUGUAAUUGCAGAAGGUAGCAACUUUUCAUUAAAUAAUUCAUCCCCAGGCGGUUUGGGGUUGGGUUUUUAUUAUUAUUAUUAUUAUUUUUUCACGUUUUCCCUACUUGUGGGGGAAAGUAUGGGUGAUUAAAUCCUUCAGGUUUCAGCAGAUGAGCUGCUGCUUGCUUGUCGCCGAAGGAUUGCUCCUUUCUAGAUCUGCAUCGC